AUUUGCAAUGACAGGCAAAGACUCGACUCUUGAGUCAGUCAUCGACUCAUCCCACCGCUUGCUGUGCUGAAUGGUGACGAGAGCUCUCAGGUAGUGGAGUCAUUGUGACUGACCAAUUAUUUAGACUCAGAAUGUCACAGUCGGUCUGGCGGAGAUGCCCUUGUCGUGCUCGUCUCGCCACUUGCACCACAAUCCAAUUAAUCAGACCUAGCUCAUUUCUUGCUGCAAUUACUGCGAAGAUGUCGACAGCUACUAUGACUGCCCCUCUCGCCGCUGCUUCCUCCCAGAACCUCACCAAUCCCAACUUCCUUGACGUUCUUCUUCCUGUUUCUGAGGAUGCUAGCCCGAUGAUAAUCACCGAAAAUUCUCCAGCACAUUCCAAUGCUAUGAUGGAUGCGCUCCGUUCGACUGCUCACCACAAGCUCACUGAAAAUUAUUCGCCCGCCUUUAAUGCAUUCAAUGGCAUACGUCCCGGUGUGUCUGGGUCCUCCAUUGAUGAUUAUCUUUGCAAGGCUUGGGCUGAAGACCCAGCUCUCACCCUCCGAAUCAUCUGGUCUCUCAGGAGCAUUCAUGAUGGGAAAAGCGACAAGGAGCUCUUUUACAUGGCGUUUGGCUGGCUCUUCGAAAACCACCCUCGCACUGCUGUUUCCAAUCUCCAUCUUCUUGUGGAGCCUGUCUGUAGUCGCCUCCGUCCUGUCAAAGGCAAAGACACCAAGAAGCGCGUGAACAUGCCUCACGGCUACUGGAAGGACCUGCUCAACAUCCUCGCCUUGGCCACUGUUGACGAGCUUUAUCCUGCUCCUGCAUGCUUCACUUUCCUUCACAAUUAUACACCUCGCAACUCUCGCCCUGAAUUCAAGUCUAAUGCUGAACAGGAAGCGUGGUCGAGGGCAAAGCGUGUUCAGGCCCAUGGUGUGAACCACGCCUUAAUUGUGGAGAAGCUACAGCAGCCAAAGUAUCGUGCUCUGUAUGUCGCGGUUUCCAGGCUAUUUGCAGAUCAGCUUGUCAAAGAUGUCUCGAUUCUUGAUAGGCUAGCCUCCCUUCCGGCGGAUGCAACACAGAAGGACCGUGUGUCUCUCAUAUUUUCGCUCUCCCUAGCGACAAAAUGGGCACCCUCUCCUGGGGGGUCGCACGAUAGGGUUACGAAUAUCACCUCUGCUAUCUGCAUCCUCCUGCACCACGCUCAAAUCACAUCUUCCCUCGCGUACAAAAUCCCUGUCACGCUCUCCCCCAGUGCCCUGGAGUUGCAUGUCUUGCGUUCCUUCCUCCGCCGUCACAUUCUUUCACCUUCCCGUCGUCUCAAGUCCCUCCCCGAGCCCCUCAUGUCCGCUAAUCGCUGGUCCGAAAUCGUCUACUCCCGUGUUCCAUCUGUCUGCAUGGACAACAAUAAGAAACAUUUCUUCAAUCACGAUCCUGACCGCUUUGUUUCUUAUCUGACAGAUGUGGAAUCGGGAAAGCAGCAGAUCAGUGGUGCAACGCUCCUCCCACACGAACUUGUCAUGCAGGCCGCGGCGUGUGUGCGCUCUCUGCCAGUGAAAGGGAAAGUGUCCCUGCAAAAUGCCAUCGAGGAGCACAAGCGUAAGCUUGCGGAGACACAAGCGCGUGUGGCGGAGGUACAGUGGGCGACGCUCCUCCAGCGUCUGCGCGAGGCUGGGGAGCUAGACAACUGCAUUGCCGUCUGUGACGUCUCGGGGUCAAUGGGCAGUGUCGAUUAUCACUACGCCGGAACACGCCAGUCCUCCGUAUUCCCCAUCUGGCCUGCUAUUUCCCUCAGCCUCAUCUUGGCGCGUCUUGCGAAGCCGCCUUUCAAGGACGCGUUCAUCACUUUUUCCGCGAAUCCACAGAUGGUCGUGCUUGAUCCUGAAGGCACCGUUUCACUCGGCGAAACGGUGAUGAAGAUGGCGCGUUCCGAGUGGACCAUGAACACUAACUUCAACGCCGUCUUCCUCGACCUCCUUCUCCCGCUCGCCAAGAAGCACGCCGUGCCUCAGGACCAGAUGAUCCAGCGGAUCUUCGUGUUCACAGAUAUGCAGUUCGAUGCGUCUCAGACCACUUACCAGACUGUACCGAAUGUGGCGGAGUGGGACACGAAUCAUGAUGUCAUCGAGAAGGCGUACAAGGAGGCAGGAUACGAGAUGCCGGAGAUCGUGUACUGGAACCUGUCCUUUGCGGAUGCUUACCCAGGUAUCACCGCUCCUGUGACCGGGGACCGGAAGGGUGUUGCGCUGCUGAGCGGGUACUCGCCGUCGCUGUUGAAGGUGUUCAUGGGUGGGGAUGAAGAAGAGGAGUGGGAAGAAGUGGUUCAGCAUGGGGCGGAAGUGGCUCAGUUUAUGGAGAUGGCCUUGGGGAGGAAGAGUUUCGAUGGACUUGUUGUCGUUGAUUGAGGUAUUGGUUUCGUUAGCAUGUAUCACUAGCAUCUUUCACCACUCAUCUAAAUUAUUUGUAUUAUUAUAUUCAAUGCACGCAUUUCUCAUCCAAA